GCUGGACUGGAACUUUUGUGACACAUCACAGAGCAAAACGUAAACAAAACCUACAGAAAUCUCGGGGUUUUUCGCAAAAAUGGACUACGAGAACGAAAAAGUGCUGAAAUUAGUGUUUGCCAAUCAACAUGAAGAACUGCUGACAAGCGAAACUGCACCGGAUGUGGCAGAAUACAUGUUCAAACUCGGAUCCCUGAAGGUGGACGAGCUGAAGAAGGAAAAGGCCCGCCUUCAGGAGGAAAGUAAGCAGAACAUCGAGCACACCCAGGAUCUGGCCAUCAACAACUAUCAGACGUUCAUCGCCACGGCCGAGUGUUCCCGGGAGAUCUAUCAGAAGUUUGUAGAAACCGAGCACCGGGUGCAGAGUUUAUCGGACAAGUUGCCUGAUUUCACGGCCACCUGUCAGCGAUUUUUGGCCAAUUCGAGCAACAUCAAUAGCGCCCGGCGGCUAAAUUCUCUCACGCUCACCCGCAAUGCCGAGUUGCUGGAAAUUCUGGAACUUCCCCAGCUGAUGGAAACCUGCAUCCGAGAGGGGAAGUACGAGGAAGCACUAGAGCUGGCUGCCUACGUGCAGCGGAUUGGCUCCAAGCAUGGAAAUAUUCCGAUCAUUGCGAACAUUCAACAAUCGGUGGAGGCAGCUUGGCAUACCAUGCUGGUCCAGCUUCUAUCUCAACUGAGAACCGAUCUGCAGCUGCCCAAAUGCCUUCAGGUUGUCGGUUAUCUGCGCCGAAUGCAGGCUUUCACGACUCCUGAGCUAAAGCUUAAGUUCCUUCAAAUUCGAACUUCCUGGUUUAAAGAAUUGCUUCGGAAAAUACCGCAAGAUGAUGCAAAUGUUCAUUUGAUCAAAACCAUCGAGGCGACGCGCGUUCAUCUGUUCAACAUAAUAACCCAAUAUCGGGCCAUCUUUCCGGAGGAUGAAGAAACUUCCUCGAGCCUGUCGAGCAUUCCAUCGGACCACAACAGCAUUGAUGGUGGUAAAAUUUUCCACAGCUGGCUCCAUGAUCAGAUCGUUGACUUCAUCAACACGCUGGAAAAGGAUUUGGCCUCCAAUGAAAUCAACUCGUACGACACAAUUCUCGGUCAAUGUAUGUACUUCGGACUCUCCUUCAGCAGAGUUGGUGUUGAUUUCCGAUCUUUGAUUGCACCUGUUUUUGUGCGAGUUAUUUCGCAAAACUUUCAAAAUACAAUUAUGAAAGUAACCAGACAGUUUGAACAGGAAAUCGAACGUUAUACCCUCAUCAAUAAAAUUUCUGCCGGUGUGAAACGGAACAAACAAUCCGAUAGUUCUGAAAACAGCAACCAUCCUCCAGAAAGCCUACUGGACUUCACGCCGCUUGCAGUAUACUGUAACGAAGUGCUGACAGUUUUCAACGAGCUUCGUUUAUGCGCUCCAAUAGCCCUCGCUUCAACCGUGACCGAAGUUCUGGAGUCAUCCCUCGAAACAGUGAGCCGAAACAUCCUAUCCUUCUACCGCCAGGAACAGCAGGCAUUCAGCGCAUCCGAGCGGGAGUGUUUCAUGAGACUAUGCUCCUGCUUUGCGUAUGACCUCAUUCCCUACCUUCAGCGAUGCGUUCAUUUCAUUUUCCCCCCAGUUACUAUUAGCAAUCACCUGGGGAUCAACGUACUGACGCUCCAGAAGCACGGUAUCACCUACUUCCGGCAGAAGAAAAUUCUGCAACCAAUCGAACACCUGCUGCCGGACAAAAUCGAAUCCGUCAUCAAGCAGAUCGGAGAGAUGAACGUUGCCGGGGGCUCGCUGGAGCGGGAGCCUAAUCCGCAGCAAGAAAAUCCGCAAGAAGCUGAUCCACUAGGAAGCGCUAGCAGCACCACUGCUGAUAAGGUAGAUUAAUAUCGACGGCGGCGGCGGGUGUCCGUUAUCUUAAGUCGAAGAUUUAAAAUCAGUUGAAGGUUGGCAGACGUGCUGAUAUGAAAUGGAGGCAAAUCACGCGAUGUUAUUAUUAGACUGUUGUUGGUAAGUCCUGAGGAAAAAAAUUAGA